CAGCAACACCGCCUCCCACGCCCGCUGUACUGCCCUGCCUGAACCUAUUAUUAGACUUGGAUCUUGCGCAUGACGCCCAGGGCAGGCCCGGCCCAGCACCGUGAUAACGAAAGUGUGAGCGCACUGUUCGAAUGCGUCGCGAGCAGUGGCAGUGAGCGCACCCUCCACCUCCUCACAACAAACAUCCACAAUAGGGAGAAUGUCUGGCGCAACGCCUAACAGGAAACCGGCCACCCCGGCCACUGGUCGUCGCACUCCCAACGCUGCGAACACCAUCUCCGCCACUACUCCGACGCGAGAUGCAACGCGCUCAAGCACUUCCACCGCUUCAGGCACAGCCGCUAACGGCAUAAACCGUACCAAGUCUGUGAGAAACGGCGCCCCGAUUUCCGCACGCGAGCGAGUGGCAGCGAGGAAAACACAAACACCGGACUCCGCCGCUGAAGAGGAGGCCAAAGCAGAGCAGCAAGCAAGGAUGGACGAAUUGCAGCAGAAGUUGAACGAGGCCGAGCGCGCCUACGAAGAGUCAAAGAAGCAGGCAGCAGUCCUCCAGGCGAGAUUAGACGACGCGGUGAAAGAGCAGGGCAUGUUGGAGGAACGCUUUGCAGAGCAGUCAGAACGUAUUAACGAUUUGGAGAACGAGAAGAAGGAAAGCUUACGAGCGAGACGUGAAAUGGAGCAGAUAUACGAAAGUGAGAAGGCUGCGACAACGAAAGAGAAGGAAGAGGCAUUGGCACGGGAAGAGGAGAUGCAGAACGCCAUGCAGCGACUGAAGGAGUCGCUAGCACAACGAGAAAUGCGUGCUGGGCUCGAAGACGACAGGAGGCCGAUGUUGUCGAGGCCUUCUAGUGGUAGAAGCACCAACCCGUCUCCAAACCCCGACGGCACGGAUCGACAAUUCGCACCGCCCUCCGUCCAGCGAAGCGAUUCCACCUCGAGAAACAACUCGAAACUGGUCAUGCAGAAAGACAAGAUAAUCGAGGGACUGCGCAUGGAGCUUGCAGAGGCCCAGAUAAAAUUGGUGGAAGUAGACCACUUGGGAGGUGGUCGCGUGCAGGAGAUCCAGAAACAGCUUUACGAUGCCAAGAUGCAGAACGCUCGUCUGAUGGAGGAGAACGAGUCCUUCCAGCUGCUGCUAUCCGAGAAAACGCUCAAUGGAGACUUCCUCCGAGCAGCGUCACACGCAACAUCGUACGAAGGCUCACGCCCACCUUCACGCAACCCUCCUGCUACUGGCGAAAGCUUGGGCGGCACAAGUUUGGCUGAUGAGCUGGAGUCGCAAGCUGACAGCGAUGACGGGACCGAUCAUAGUCGACGUCUGCAGGCCGAAGUAAACGGCUUGCGGGACCAGAAUAAGGCGCUGACGCUGUAUAUUAACAAUAUCAUCUCUCGCCUUCUGCAGCAUGAGCAAUUCGAACAGAUCCUCGAUAAGACUCCGGAUCUGAUGUCUGGACCAGGUGCCGUCAGUCGGAGAUAUGGUGAGGCCGACAAGAAUAAGGAUCUUCCAGCACCACCACCUGAUGAAGGCGAGCAACAACCAAGUCUACUGCAAAGGGCAAAGAGUGUCAUGGGUGGCAACCGACCGAAAACCAGACCGUUGAGCCAGCAAGUGCAGCCUGACCAGAUUGAGGCUCCGCAAAAAAUCGCAGGGCUCAACGAAGAUCCUCAAACGGCGCCGAGCGUGCCUAUUUCUCGAUCGCGAUCAACACGUGGUGCGAAUGGCCAUAGACGCGCGAAUUCUGAGUGGCCGGCCGGAGCUUCUGCGAGUGUCGUCCCGAACAUGUAUCGCGGCCCAUCGCAAGGACCUCUCAGUCCUGGUUUGACCUCUCCAACUGGUCGGAAUUCGUUCUUCGGAAGUCCACUUCGUAGCCCAUCCUCAGGCUCGCACGUUCCGACAAUAGCUGAGAUAGCUCCAUUUGAAAAGGAGAACGCACAGCGCGACAGCAAGUUCACCAGCCAGAGCAACCGCAACAGCGUCAUCUCCAAUCCAGGUGCUGCAGUCCUCGAUGAUGACCUUGCGAGCGGCAUCAACUCAGAACGCAGCAAUCCUUCGUCGCCGCCUCGGAGUACAACAUCUUUAGGCGAAAAGGACAAGCAAUCGGGCGCCAUCAUGAUGGGAUCUAAACCCCGACCACUGCGCCUCGUGCAAGAGAACGUAGAUGAAGACGCCGCAAGGAAACAGGCCAACAGAAGCUCUUGGUUCGGAUGGAUGAACAAGGGAGGCGCCGCUCCCGGUCAACUCGCUCCGGGACCCAGCGGCGGACCUGCUGCGAUCGGCGACAAGCUCAGCAGCAUGUUCGGGCAACGCAAAGCAGAGAAUGGCGAGUCUGGAGCGCCGCAGUAGGACGCAUCGCCCAGAAAAGCCAAAGAAUUGAUCGGCAAAGGCUCAUUCGAGCAGCUGCGAAAGCAGUGGUCCUUGCGAGGACGUGACAGCAGCAUUCCUCCUUCACCUGGGAGGGAGAACAUGUCUCCAUUACGGGCUAGGAAAAGCUUCAGAUGGACGGAUUGAUGAAGUAGAAUAUCAAUUUUGAAGCGUGGAUGGCGCUUGUUGGGGAAUGCUUACGAGCACGAGCUGAUGCAUUGACAUGGUGCUGGAUAUACCCAGGAAUGAGAUUCGUUUUGGUAGAGAGGUAGUCAGUCGGUCGGGCGGUCAGUGAGUGAUGACGAUAUGUAGAGGCAGGCGCAUUCUUCAAUUCAACGCAUUUUUAUG